CUGAGAGGUUGGCGGGCAGGCAUCAUGGAUCAGGUAAUGCAGUUCGUUGAGCCGAGUCGGCAGUUUGUGAAGGCCUCAAUUCGGCUGGUCAAAAGGUGCACUAAACCUGAUAGGAAAGAAUUCCAGAAGAUUGCCAUGGCAACAGCAAUAGGAUUUGCUAUAAUGGGAUUCAUUGGCUUUUUUGUGAAAUUGAUCCAUAUCCCUAUUGAUAACAUCAUUGCUGGUGGCUAAAUACCUUUUUAGAAGAGUUUUUCAUCUUGGGGAUUGGUGAAUUAAGUGAGGAUUUGAGAAGCUCAUGGAAUAAAAAUCUGUCUAUAUGCUUUGUGUUUUUCUUUCUUUUUGUGUCUUCCAAGAUGUUUUGUAUUUGUAAAUUAAAAUAAUUUCAAAAUAAAAAAUAAACAUUAAAAAAAA